CAUAGAUUAAUAUUCACACAAAGAGGAAAUAACAAAAAUCACUACUGGAUGAACUUGAUGAACGUCGUGGUGACUGUGCAAAGAGAGUGGUCUGUUUUAAUCCACCAAAAUAGACGAUGUGUAGAGAAUGGAGUUUGUAUUGAUUGAUUGGGAUUGCCUUCUACUAGUAGUUCUAACAGAAGGGGAAUAAUGGCAUGGUUUAUCUAAACCACCGACCUUCAUCUCAGAUCAAUAAACUUUAUUUGGAAUACAAGAAACUGUUCUAUGUAACCUAGUGAGCGCGAGACUGUGAUCGUUACGCUUAGCGACGUACAGCUUUAAGGUGCAUCCAUCCUAUCGAUGUAUGUCUAGCAGUAUGAACGUGUACGAUGUCGAUCUGUAGCUAAAACAAAAGGUUGUAUGGGAUAUAAUUCCUACCUCCAGUACAAGAUGACUUUCAAAACCCUUCCCUCGUCCAAAGUUCCGGUUCCAAUGAGAGAACCCUUUAUACUCACCGGAUAUCGUCUGCUACAUCAACCAUGGACAUAUUACGUCAUCAGUUUAUUUAAAUGGCAUAAUGAAACUCUGACCGUCUGGUCCCAUCUUUUAUCCGCCAUCUUGAUAAUCCUACAAACUUUAUAUUACGGACAAACGUACGAUCUCUUAUCCAAUGAAGACGGGAAGAAAAUAUUGAUGUUUUCUAUUGGCUGUGUGGCCAUGACCUUACUGAGUUCAUUUGCGCAUUUAAUGUGUUCUAAAUCUAUAAAAAGUCAUUACGUAUUUUUUCUCUUCGACUACUCAGGCAUCACCCUGUAUAGCUACUCCAUAGCCAUUGGCUCAAUGUAUAUCUGCUCACAACGAGAAAUGUACAACAUAUUGGAACCGUAUUACAUUCCUGUCACAGUUGUCUUGGCAACCGUUACUUUCGUGAUAACUUCAAUCGGCAAGAUCAAAUAUACCAACACGUCGUCAUGGCAACGGAAAUGUCUUAUGAUUAUUCCUUACGCAUUAUUUGGCGUUUGGUUGACAGCGCCGGCGUUCCCGCGUUACUGGCUUUGUUACUAUAGCAACAACUGUAGUAUGGCGUCUUUAAAUCACAUCACCUUGGUGAUUUGUUUAUUUAUGUUGACAGCGGCAGUAUAUUCUUCACAUUUACCCGAAAAAUGGAGACCCGGUUACUAUGACAACAUAGGCCAGAGUCAUCAGACAUUUCAUUUAUGUACUUUAGUAACCAUUGUUAUGCAUCUGGUUGCUAUACGAACAGAUAUAGAAGAGGGACAAUCUCAGCAUUCUGUUUUUAAUUUUAGAAGUGGUUUAAUGGGUUUUAUUAUUGUUUUUAUUAUUAAUACGUUAAUCAUUAUCUAUUAUCUACCUCUUAUUACUUCCAAAUCACAAACAUUUGCAAACAACAGAAAAACGAAAUAGUCUUCCUAUGAGUCGUCUCGCCAACAUUCUAAGCAGGCCAAACGCUGUUCUAUGUAAAAAAAAAAAAAUAAUUUGUUUUUAUUGUUUAAUUUUUAUUGUUAAUUUAUUAGGAAAGUAGCAAAACAGAAUUAUUGGGGUUUCCCCUUUUAUAGAUAUGCAAAUAUUCACACCAUAACAAUCUGAUUAAAACACAGAUCCUAUUUCGUUUCGUUUUUUUUUUUAUAGUUCAAAAUUUCGUUUUACUUGUCUUUACUACACUAGGAUCUGUAAGAGUUGCUAUCAUUGACGUGUUCUGGAUAAUUUGAGGGGUUAGCCAAUGAGACGGUCUGUUACGGCGAGCUUUGGGUGUGUUUUGCACAGAACUGUGGCUUAUCCACUAGAAACAUCAAUGCUGAUUGGUUAAUCAAAUGUCUGACGUCAUAGGAUCAAAAGCCAUUCGCAUGACCUUUGACGCGACCUAUCACUAUAACUGGUCAGAUCUUCAUGUACUGUAGGCCAUCGAAAGUAUAAAAAACGAAACGAAAUAUAGAUCUGUAAUUUCUAACGAACGACGGGGGGCGGGUGCAUUUCAGUGAAUAUUGCAUCCCGUUAUUAUCGGCACUAUUCGACAGUAAUUCGCUUUUAUAAAGCCACGUCCAAUCUUAACCGGGUAUCGUUUCAAUUUCAUCUUCCCAGUAGUCUUUUUCCGUAGGGCGGGGGUGGCCGAAUGAUUAGCGCGUGCGCGUUGCAUCAUACUGUCUGUCAUUGAGUCAACUGGCGUGGUUUCGAUAUCCAGGUUGUACGCGAUAAGGGGUAGGUUCGCCUGUCCAACCUCGUGGGUUUUCUCCGGGUACUUCGGUUUCCUCCCACUGUUAAAGACCCCUACGCGCAAGCUAAUCAUUGAAAUAAAAUUGAACUAUGUGGUAGUCCCGAAAUGACCUAGUUUGUGUCGAGUGGAUGUUAAACCCCACCUCUCUCUCUCUCUCUCUCUCGUAGGUAUCGUACAUCUUUUUGUUUUGUACUUUUCCGGCUUUUCGCGACAGUUCACGAUUCAUUAAUCACUAUCUUCUGCAAUACCGUUGUAAAGUCGUUAUACCAAUAUUACCCAGGGGACCUCAACUCGCCCUGCAGUCUAUCCCACGUUAUAAAGUCAUUUUAUUCUCAUUUGAUUAAAUCUUAUUUCUAAUGAUUUCUUAAUUGAUUUGGUUGUCAUAGUAACGUAAUUUAUAUCCGCUAGAUCUAUUAAAUACCGUUUCUUUAUAUACCAAUAUUAGUGUUUUUAUAAAUAAUUUAUAUAAAUGUUAUAUCAAUUAUUAUUUAGACAUUUAUGCACAUAACAAGCAUAUAAUCACUAGAUCGUUGGAUGGCCGAGAUUAACAUAGAUGUUUACACAAGCGAGAUGAAAAAAUUUAACGAUAAAUUGGACUAUCGCGGCUUAGUCUUGGUUGUCAAGUACCGUUGCUAGGACAAUAAACAAUCUAGGUUACAUCUUCAAACACUCAUAACUUCGCUCAGAAUAAAAUCAUUUGAAUGAAAUUUUCAAUAUAUUCAUUUUAAAUUAUCCGGGCGGUUGGAUGGCCGAAUGGUUAGCACGUGCGUGUUGUAUCAUACAGCCUAUCAUUGAGUCAACUGGCAUGGUUUCGAAUCCCCUGGUUGUACGUGACAAGGAGUAGGGUCGCCUGUCCAACCUCGUGGGUUUUCUCCAGGUCCUCCGGUUUCCUCCCACUGCUAAAGACCCCUACGCACACGCGAAUUAUUGAAAUAAAAUUGAACCAUAUGUUAGUCCCAAAAUGACCUAGUUUGAGUCGAGUGGAAGUUACCCCCCCCCCCC